AUGAAUUUGUCGCAGGUGUAUCGGUCUACCAGGUCCUCUUCAGAGGACACAAUGUCCUUUGAAGAAGCUGUUAUGAAAGGUUUGGCAAGUGAUGGUGGACUUUUCAUCCCCUCAGUUAUUCCCAAGGUACCUGAGGCCACGCUAUAUGAAAAAUGGUCUACUUUAUCAUUUCAGGAGUUAGCCUUGGAGAUUAUGAAACUUUACAUUCCAGAGACUGAAAUCCCUACUGAUGAUUUGAAGAAGCUAGUUGACAACUCUUACUCUACUUUCCGUAAUAGCGAAAUCACUCCAUUAGUUAAAAAUGUCACUGGCUCUGAAGAAAAUCUUCAUGUUCUAGAGUUAUUCCACGGUCCAACAUAUGCUUUUAAAGAUGUUGCAUUGCAAUUCGUUGGUAAUCUCUUUGAGUACUUUUUACAGCGUUCUAACAAGGGUUUGCCAGACGAUCAAAGAAAGAAAAUAACUGUUGUUGGCGCCACCUCUGGUGAUACUGGCUCAGCUGCGAUUUAUGGUUUGAGGGGGAAGAAGGAUGUUUCCGUGUUUAUUCUGUACCCUACUGGCCGUAUUUCUCCAAUCCAAGAAGAGCAGAUGACCACUGUUCAAGAUAAUAAUGUGCAAACUUUAUCUGUGAAGGGUACUUUUGAUAACUGUCAAGAUAUAGUUAAAGCUAUAUUUGCUUGUGAGAGUUUCAAUCAAAAGCAUAAUGUAGGUGCUGUUAAUUCCAUCAAUUGGGCGAGAAUCUUGGCUCAAAUCACCUACUACUUUUAUUCUUAUUUUAGAGCAACCGGCGGCAAGAAGGGAGCUGUUAAGUUUGUGGUUCCAUCAGGAAACUUUGGUGACAUUCUUGCUGGAUACUAUGCUAAGAAAAUGGGCUUGGAUGUUGAGAGGUUGGUCAUUGCUACCAACGAAAACGAUAUCUUGGACAGGUUCUUAAAAUCCGGUUUGUACGAAAGAUCCAGUGAUGCUGCAGCUACCUUAUCCCCUGCUAUGGACAUUUUAAUAUCGUCGAACUUUGAAAGGUUACUAUGGUAUUUAGCUCGCGAAUACGUUGCAGAAGGUGAUUCCCAAAAGGCAGGUUUAACUGUAAAUGGAUGGUUCCAACAGUUAAAGACCGGCGGUAGAUUUGAAGUUCCAGCGGAAGUUUUAGAAGGUGCAAGGAAGGAUUUCGAUUCAGAAAGAGUUUCUAAUGCUGAAACUACUUCUACUAUUAAGGAAAUAUACGAAAAGUCCCAAAACCCAAAGAAGUAUAUUAUAGACCCCCACACGGCAGUGGGUAUUCGUGCUACUAUAAGACAUUUGGCCAAUAGUGAUAACAAGGAGAUACAUUACAUUUCUUUGUCAACUGCACACCCCGCAAAGUUUGCUGAUGCUGUGAACGAAGCUUUAUCUGGUAAGGAUGGUUAUUCAUUCCAGAAGGAUGUGCUCCCAGAAGAAUUAAGGCAGCUUUCAUCUCUUCCAAAGAGGAUAAAACUUGUUGAAAGGCCAGAUGUUGAGUUGGUCAAGGACGUCAUCGAGGAAUCAUUAAAAGAAAUGAAUAUCUAA